AAAACUGGCCACUGAUAUAGACGUCUAUCGAAACGCUCACAAUUGUAAAGAUGUUUUAGCAUUUUGUUCCAUAAACAUAUUUGGAGAGUCUUGAUGAAAUGGCAAAGCAUUUUCCUAAGUAAGGUCUGACUCACUCUUUUAUAACAUGACUUUUUCAUUUAUUGGCUCUUAGGAAGGCACGAGCCACUCUUACGCCCUCCCGUUCUCUUGCCGUUCCAAUAAAAUCAGUCCAAAUUGGCUCGCUCCGGUUAUGACUUUAUUUUUCCAAUUCUGAGUAAAUGUAUCCCUCUCCAAUCGAUCCUCUAGAUGCAAUUUAAACCUCUCGCGAUAUUUUAUCGAAGUAUCCAGAUUAAAUCAUGAAGGUUAAAAGCUAUCCCCUCCCUUCAUACUUCAAUUUGACCACACAUUUGAUUCCCCAUCAUAUUUUGUUCAGUCACGAAAGUUUAGUGUAAUAAUUUUGAGUGAAGGUUUAACCCCGCCAUAAUCUUAAGGGAAAUUUCUCCUAUUCGCAGCCAUUCCACAUAUGACAUUCCUAAGGUCUUACAGAAGUGACAUCACGAAUAACAGAUUUGUAAAAAUAUGCUAUCGUAUUACAGGGCUGUAAUAUGGCCAGAUAGAUCUAAUUCAUUACAGCAAAGCAGAGCCAGGACUGUUAAACAACAGGCUGACAGAGCCUAGACAGCUUUAUAGGAACCAGCAUCUCACCCAAAGGUCCUGGCACACUAUGAAGUCAACAUGAAAAAAAAAGAAUAUAUUGGCUUUACAUUAAGACAAGUUUAAAUAAUGUAGCAACUGAGCCCUUCAGCUGAUAUCAUGUUGUUCAGUCAUCUCGGUUUAAAAAGUGACCUCUUUCUACUCUGUAUAAAAACUGUAAUAUGAUAACAUUGUCAUGUCUUCAAUAAUAUUGUCAUGUCUUUAAAGCAGCAUCCAUAUUUACAAGAGUUUAGCACAAGUAGAUUUUUUUUAAUGGCUCUCAUCUGGUUUUUGAGCAGAAGUGUCUUAUUUGGGCCAGGAAUUUAGAGGACUUUGAAAUGGAGACCAUACUUUUCAAGCAAGCCACAUUUAAAUAUGAUGUUUUGCUGUGCAAUAGAGAAAGGAUCAUAAUGUUUAGUUAAAUUCAGCUGAUUUGAUAAAAAGAAUAAGAACACUGAAAAACUUGAUACGCAAGAAACCCUACAGUUUGUCUGUAUGACAUGUUUUAAACAUUUUAAUAUCAUAAUAUUCAACUGUCAUUAAUCUCUAUUGUUAAUCUCUAUAUUUUAAUUUAUGUGUAGACUAAUACAAGAAGGUUUCAGGAAUUAUUUACAGUACAUAUGACCUGUUUGCUGAGAGCGCGUGGUUUGAGUCGGAGCUCUUUCAAACUUAUUCUUAAUACAUCGUUUAUUCUUGUUAUAUCUUAAGACUUGUGUUUUAAAUUGUUAUUCUCCGAGGGUAAAACAUAUCCUUAAAUAUAUCCCAUACCAAAAAUCGUACUUAAACGCACAGAUAAUUUAUUUUUAUCAGAUCACUCGCUAUUAGCCUCAGGCUGUUAGCAUUCCCAGCCUGCCUGCUUACUGCUUAACACACUGUUCUCGUUACUACAUCACUAAUGGCUAAUGUUUCAGAUGUGUUUGUACCUCUGUGUGCAGAUGAGGAAACGAUCGCACUUCAGUCGGAACUGGAGGCUGUGGAGAAGCAGAUCCAGGAUCUACUAGAGAAGCAGACACGGCUGCGAGAACGAAAAACGGCGCUGGAAACAUCCAGAGCUGACGCUCGCAAAUCCGCGGUAAGUUUUCAUCGCGAUUUUAAUACUCCUUCCACUUCUACUCCGCGUGUUUCUCUGCACAGAGCCCAGGCUUCGAGAACACGGUCAGCCCAAAUGAACUUCACUCCUGCACCGGCACACCCACGGCGAAAGGCGCGAGCUAGGACUGGAGCGAUGACCCAACCGCCGCCACCGGUCUUCGAGAUCCCGACCAGGAACCGCUUUGCCGCCCUCUGCGAGACGGAAUGCAACGCUGUGGUCAUCGGAGACUCAAUCGUCCGGAACGUACCUGCGAUCCUGAAGGACGAUGCUAACGUCGGAGCUGUCGUGCUGCACGCGGGGGUGAAUGACGUCAGGAUGAGGCAGUCGGAGAUCCUGAAGAGGGACUUCAGGAGUCUGAUCGAGACGGUACGCAACGCAUCGCCCACGGCGAGGAUCAUCGUAUCAGGGCCGCUUCCUACCUACCGACGAGGGAAUGAAAAGUUCAGUAGACUAUUUGCUCUAAAUAAAUGGUUGAUGUCAUGGUGUAUUGAACAGAAGCUGCUCUUUGUUGAUAAUUUUGAUCUGUUCUGGGAGCGACCUAGGCUCUUCCGCCCUGACGGCCUGCACCCCAGCAGCAUCGGAGCGGUUCUUCUGUCUGACAACAUCUCAAAGACGCUACGCACCGCUUGACUACGUCUCCCAGCGGGAGAGAUUCCGCCAGGCCCAGAUGAACGUCAUAUGCCCAUCCACAACUAGAGAUUACGCCAGCUACAUCGGAAAAUCCCGUGCCAUCCUCCUGCGAGAGCCUGCGGACUGACUGACCAUCCAGCUCCAUCCAAGGCAAUUCCAUCACCACCCAAGAAAAAGGCGACCAUCUGGCCGGCCCAGCUCAGACAAUUCCAUCCCCAACCGAGAGCAAAGACGGACUACCUGUCACAUAAAUGCUAAAUUUACAAUACUUGGUAUUUAAUGCUAAACUUACAUCACACGACAGCAGUUUGAAGUUAUGGCUGCACUCAGUGACUUUGAUUGGAGGUAGCUGGGUGGGUGUUGUAGGGAGUGGGGGGGCUUGUUGGUUGUGGUUCGGGGCGUUUCAUUUGUUGGGACUGUGUGGGUCUGGUCUGGUUGGUCUUGUUUUGUGGUCGAUGUCGGACAACAGAGGAAUAAAGUUAAUUAUGCCAUUACUACUUUUCCCUGGUUGUUCCUCUGUUGUCUGUUGUUGAUCGCGGAAUGGGACCGGGUUGGACCUGCACGGUUUCGGCGGGUGGGGCUUCCUGGGUCGCGGCUCGUGGGCUCUCCCUGUUCUUCGUGGACGUUGCUCGGUGGCUUUGGUCGGGGUCACUGAGUGCAGCUAUGACACGUCAGAGGAGAUCUGGCCCUCCCGGCUGAGCCUGGUUUCUCCCGAGGUUUUUUUUUCUCCAUUAUUCAGCAUUGGAGUUUGGGUUCCUCGCCACAGCAGAGCAGUGCAGUGUUGGCUUGCUCACCGGGAGACUGCAUUUAUUUAUUUAUUUAUUCAUUUAUUUAUUAGAUAUUAUUUAUUAUAAUGAUCUUGCUUGGUCUAUAAACACCAUGCACUGUGCUGUGUUUUACCUUUCUGUGUUUUUCUUAUUUGCUCCUGUAAAGCUGCUUUGGAACAAUGCACAUUGUGAAAAGCGCUAUAUAAAUAAAAUUGAAUUGAAUUGAAUUGAAUUAAUCUUUCAUCAAAAAGUGUAUAAGAAUAUGAUCACAAAUAGUCCAAUGUAAUAUGUUAAGUGUGUUACAGUAUAUAGACUGUAAAAAAAUAAUGCUGUAAUUUUUCAGCAGCUGGGGCACCUGUAAAAUACCAUAAAAUAACAGUUUUAUCACUGUUUUAUUUGAUAAUUUUACAGUUUUUACCGCAUUUCAAAAAUACAUCAGCUGUGGUGCCAGUCAAUUACCAUAAAAUAACAUUUCUGUCACGUAAAAUUUGAUGGGUUUUUUUUUGUAUAGUAGGAAACCAUAAGAUCACAGUGUACAGCUUUUCUUCUCUCUAAAUCGCAAAUAUUAAACUUUGGCACAUUAUUGCACAUGAAUAACCUCAUAUCACGUAGGUUUGUGCUUUUGCCACUUUAAUGUAAAAAAUUUGAAUUUUAUAAUUAUAAUAAUGUGCUCU